UGAUGGGGGAGGCGCCUGUUAACGCCAGCACUUCCCCCCCUUCCCAUCCAUAAGUCCCUACAGCGCGGGGGCGGGCACAGCAUUGGCGGGGGGUUAUGCGCAGUGACGGGCGAAGGGAAAUAUUUGGACCGUUGUAAUUCAAAUGCAUCGAUUGGAGCCGUUCCCGCCGCAGGGACGGGCGUAGCCGGGGUGGCUGCUCUGAGAGAGCCCUCCGGAGCCAGCGGCCCCGGUCCCGCAGUCCUUUCCAGAGAGUAGGGCUUGCUCUGUCCAGCCUUGCUGCACGCGGCGCUUGCCCCCGGGGGACCUUCUCCCCCGCCCCCCGUGGCAGCGGGCUGGCCCCUGUUGGGCGCAGCUCGGGCUCCAUUAAAACGGAGAAUCACCGUCAUUCAGAAUGUGAAUUUGAUUGCGUUGUUAAUUAUUCCGAAAUCGGGCAACUUAUUAAUGCAGUGUUUGAAAGUGAAAGACUGCCUGGGCAGAUCCCAACCGGGGGGGGGGGGGGCGGACUCAGGGCAGGUUUGGGACCAUCCCCGCCUUCUGCGCCCGGGGUCCCGAGUCCGCGGCACUGAGCCGUACAAGCCGGUGUUGCCGCGGCGCGGGCACUGUUGCCAUUUGUUAGAGGCGCCUUUCACGGGAUAACGUUUUCAGGAUUUUAAGUAAUGGCCCCUGGAAACAAAUCCAAGUAUUCUGAACUGAUAUUACUGUGUGAAUGGGAAGAAUGCCUUUUUGUAGGAAAAUGCAUGGAGGAAUUUUGUGAUCACAUUGCAGAACACUUGAAAGAUUAUCGACAACAUCCUCUGGAAAGAACAGAGCAGUACCAGUGUUGGUGGAGAAAUUGUGAAUUUUUGGCUACAGGUCCCAGGGAGCUGGUAACCCAUGUAAAUUUUCAUAGUUACCACACCAAGUUGAAAUUCUUAGGCUCUCAGUUAAGUGCAUCGCACCAAGAUUGGCCAGCAUGUUCCCAGAACAGCCAUACCCAGAAUCAGAUACCAAGGAUUUCAGAGAUGUAUGUUUGCCAUUGGGAGAAUUGUGAUGUUACCUACAACAACCCAGAAUGGUUUUAUCGGCAUGUUGCCAUGCAUGCAUACUCUACUGAGAGAGAAAACAUUCCAAGUAACAAAAAAGCUGGCUGUUGUUGUCACUGGAAAGAUUGUUCAGGAACUUUUAAAGGAAAGCACAAGCUAUGGGAUCACUUAAGAACCCACACUCAAGAAAGAGUGGUGGCCUGUCCCUCUUGUGGAGCGAUGUUCUCUAAUAAUACCAAGUUUUUUGAUCAUGCCAAGCGACAGGUUUCAGAGGAUCAACAAGUAUUUGUUUGUCAGAAUUGUGACAAACGCUUUGCCAAUGAGAGGUUACUACGAGACCAUAUGAGAGUACAUGUUACCCAUGUUACAUGUCCAUUUUGUGACAUGGUAUGUACAAGUGUCUCCUCUCUGAAAGCACACAUCAGAUUCCGACACUGUGAUGAACGCCCUUUCCGCUGUGAUCUCUGUGAAAGUAGUUUUAAGAAUGCUUAUGAUCUUCAUAAACAUGUUGAAACACACAAUGAUUCAAAUGCCUACAGCUGCGAUGUAGAAGGAUGUGUUUUUACUUCACGGACUUCACAGAUCUUGAGACAGCAUUACAAGAGAGCACAUAUGUUACUGAUUUCCACACCAUCUUUUCCUCAGAAUAAUGGCAAUCUAAAAUAUAAAUGUCACAUCUGUCAGAAAUGUUUUUCCUGGUGUUAUACAUUGACUCUGCAUCUUCGCAAGGCGCACAAACUCAGCUGUCAUUCUCGCUUCAGAUACAAAGAAGAUGAUGAUGGGUACUUGAGGCUGAAUGUAGCAGUUUAUAAUGCUGUCAUGGGUUUAGAUCAGGGUCUUGAGAACAAGAUGGCACCAAAGAAGUCUUCAGUAGUUCAAAACAGUACAGGAAAAGAGAGCUAUGCCUCUUGCGAAAGAAGCCAUUCAUUAGUGGAACUACAUUCCACAAGAUGUCAGAGAUGGUCACAAACUACUGCAGAAAAGGUUAUGGUAGAAUCAGAGACCUCCAUUAAGGAGCCAGUGUAUUUUGAACUUCAAACUACACCACAGUCAUUUGAAAGCUCUGCUGCUCCCUCUGAACUUGAUGAAGCAAUGACAUUGAAUACAAAGGAAAAAAUAAUAGAAAUUGCAAUGGGCUUGGGAAUUCAGAUUGCUGUUUAAGAAAAAUGCAUUUUCUUGGAUUUUACCUUGGUCCCUAUUUAGUACUCCUGGAAGAGUUCAUUAUUUUAACUAAAUAUGACAUUUACAAAGAGUCUGCAUUGUUUUCACUUGUCACAUUUUGCAUGUAACAUUGUGUAUGUAUUUGUUAAAUAUGCUAAAUAAACUAAGUUUAUUUUAUCUGAA